AAAAAAAAAAAACUUCAAUUCUCAAAAAUAUAAACUCUGCUCUCUAAGCUAUCAUAUAAUUUCAAGACUUGCUUUAUUUGUUUAAAUGAAUCACUAAAAUUUAGGUGAUGAAAAGUUGCUUUGAGCUACGAAUUUAGCAUACCAUAUAAUAUGCCAGCAUUAAUUUGAUUUAUUUCUCCGAUGGAAGGUGAAAAAUCUAGUAUCUUUUUUGUUCUGUUGUUCUUGAAUGUGAUAUGGUUAGUGGGUUCAGUGAGUGGAAUUGGUGUUAACUGGGGAAUACAAUCAACACACCCUUUGCCACCAUCCACAGUUGUGAAAUUGCUGAAAGACAAUGGAAUUCAGAGGGUUAAGCUAUUUGAUGCUGAUCCUGAUAUCUUGGAUGCUAUGAAGAAAUCUGGGAUUCAAGUUAUGGUUGGAAUCCCAAAUGACAUGCUUUAUACACUUGCUAAUAGUGUUCAAGCUGCUGAAAAAUGGGUUUCAAAGAACGUUUCUGCGCAUCUCUCUUCUGGAGGAGUUGACAUCAGGUAUGUUGCAGUGGGAAAUGAACCAUUCUUGUCAACAUACAACGGUACUUAUGAAUCCACAACGCUUCCGGCUCUGCAAAACAUUCAAGCAGCUCUGACGAAAUCCGGUCUGAGCAACCGUGUCAAAGUGACUGUCCCUCUAAAUGCAGAUGUAUACCAGAGCUCAUCCGAGAAGCCUUCGGACGGAGACUUCCGGCCGGACAUCCAUGAUCUCAUGCUGCAGAUUGUCAAGUUCUUGAGCCAAAAUGGUGCACCAUUUACUGUGAACAUCUACCCUUUCAUUAGCCUCUACUCUGACCCAAAUUUCCCGGUAGACUAUGCCUUCUUCAACGGCUACCAACCUGCCAUCAAUGACAAUGGAAAAAACUAUGACAAUGUCUUUGAUGCAAACCAUGACACACUAGUUUGGGCCCUGCAGAAGAAUGGUUUCACAAAUGUCCCUAUAAUCAUAGGCGAAAUUGGUUGGCCUACUGAUGGAGACAAGAAUGCUAAUCUUCAACUUGCUCAACGGUUCAACCAAGGCUUCGUGUCACGCUACUAUGUAUCUCAAAAGGGUACUCCAAUGAGGCCUGGUCCGGUCGAUGCUUACUUGUUUAGCCUCAUAGAUGAAGAUAACAAGAGCAUUCGACCGGGCAACUUCGAGCGCCAUUGGGGAAUAUUCUACUUUGAUGGACAACCUAAGUACCAACUUGGCCUUGGACAAUCAAAGGGGUUGGUAGCAGCUAGUGGUGUUGAUUAUCUGGCUAAGAAGUGGUGUGUGUUGAAGCCUUCUGCAAAUCUUAAUGAUGACCAAGUUGCACCAAGUGUGGCAUAUGCUUGUGAAAAUGCUGAUUGUACUAGUCUUGGCUAUGGAACUUCAUGUGGUAACUUAGAUGUUAAAGGUAACAUAUCUUAUGCUUUCAAUAGCUAUUACCAGAUUCAUGAUCAAUUGGACAGUGCAUGCAAAUUCCCUGGCCUUUCUAUGAUCACUGAUAAGGACCCUUCUGUUGGAACUUGCAAGUUUAGGAUCAUGAUUCAGACAGAUUCUGCUGCAGGGAUAGAUGGGAGAAUUUGGUUUCUAAGAAAAGUGUUCUUUGUGUUAUUGUUUUAUAUUAUUACUAUUAUUAUGUAAACCUUGUAAUUUGGCUAUAGCCUUGAUUUAUUUUCUGUGGUACAAAAUGUUGAUAACAAAUUCAAUUACGGUAGUGCA